AUGAGAAGAAACAGGACACCAGAAAGAAAUUUAUCUAGAGCAGGAAAGUAUCUAGUUUCUAUUCGACACAAAACUCCAGCCCCGAAGCUCGAUUUAAGUGAUAUAGCUACGAAGCGAGCUACAAGCCCUAUUAAAUCUCAAAAUGACGAUAACCUGUCAGCUCGUUAUGAUCCUACUAAAAGAAGAUUUACAAGCGAAUGAACAGGAGACAUUGAUAUCAAAAAUUUUCAAUAUGCCCUAUCAAAUAUCCAAGAAAAAUCCUUGAGCACGCCUCUCCUUACAAAACCCAAAGAAAAAAUCGACAUCAAUAAAAUCCCCGAGUUAAUUUCUUUUAGAGAGCAAGCGAGGAAGAUUGAAAAACAAAAACCUGACUAUAUAAGAUGCCUAAGAAAAAGCUUUCGAGAGCUAAAAUCAAUGAAUUUAAACAAAGAUCAAAUUCCUAAUUUAAGCUGGCGAUUUAGACAGAAGAUAGACUUCGAGGCACACUCUAUAUGAAGCAGGUAAGACCCGUCCCGAUGAAGCUGAAAAUAGUGCCUCUGUAAUUUUUUGAAGUCGGCCUUGGGCUUGGAGAUACCGAAGAGGGAAGUUUUGUUUCUCCCCAAAGGUUUCCUCUGCUUUUGCCAAAUGGACUAGAAAAGAUUUGAUUCCCACUUAGUCUUUGCUUAUUGGGGAUAAGGAGCAUCCGCAAGAGGUGGCUCUAGCCUAACGAGCUAAUCUUUAGGUUAGGUGGGUUUACGUCAGAUAGGCAGGCUAAAUGGUCUAUCCGCUUAUGGCCUUAUUAUUUUAACUUUAUCUUUAACCAUAAUUUAAGCUCAAUUACAUGCAAAAUCCCAUACGGUCGUCCAAAUUCUAAACAAUUUUUUUCUGCUGUAAAAUCCGGAGACGAAGAAGAAACUCAAAAAUUCCUAUUAAAAGACCCAUUUCUAGUCCACGUUUUUGACGAAGUUGGCUUAACAGCUCUUCAUUGGGCAUCUCUACGAAAUUAUCCAGGAAUUGUUUCCCUUCUUUUAUCAAAACGUGCUAUUAUUGAUGCAAUCGAUACUGCUCAUAGAACUUCUUUAUUUAUCGCUGUAAAAUACAACUCAAUAGAAUGUGUCCGAAUUCUCCUUAUAAACAUGGCCGAUCCGCAUAUUUCUUCAAAUUCAAAAAAAAUGCCAGUAAAUAUAGCACAAACCAAAAUUUGUGAAAAAUUGAUAAAAAAAAGCUAUACUAUUUACAGUUAGCUGCUAUUUAAUAUAUGAAAACAAGCCAGUAGAUUAUAUUUAUUAUAAAUAAGGCUAUGACUUUUUAUACUUUAUAUGCAAAACUCCCUGAGCCACAACGCAGCCAAAAAUGGAAGGAAGAAGCAAUUCCGGUAUUUGAAGGAAGCUAUAAGUCUCAGAAAAAGGCUGGAAAUAAAUUUUAA